GUAGUCGCCGCCGAUUUACUUUUGCGGUCUCCAUGUCAACCGCGUUCUGACACCAUGUUGGAUGAAACAUCAUACGGUGAUAUUUCCGCAUUAUUGUUGUGUUUGGGCUGAAAGGAUGUGCAGAUGUGGUCAUUCACAGAGUGCAUUCAAAUCCAAGCGCCCUGAGAUUCGUCCGGUAGGUCCUCAAUGUUAGUACCAACGACAUGGUUACAAGUCUCCGAAGGCCUUUCUAGCCGUUAUGGUUUCUGCAAAAUCCGUCUCGGCAAAACAGUAUGGAACAUGCAGUUGCCGUGGCAUAGUGCCUGAUGUGUAGAUGUCUGUAUCAAUCAUGGCCACAGAGGCCAUGGAAUCCGCCGUAGGAAUGCAAAGUGGAGGAGAGCCUUUGGGAGGCUGUGGAUACGAAUCAUGUGCAUCCCUGAAGUCGAGACUGCACUCCGCAAAGAGCAACAUCUUAUUUCUCCAAAAUGAGCACCGUCUCACUCUGCGUGGUCUGCAUGCAGAAAUCGCAAAGCUCCAGAAGACCAUCAAAGAGCUCCAAUUUGCCCUCAUAAAUAAUGGCAUACCUCUAGUCGAUGAAGAGUCAUAUAAAAAGCGAGUAGCCAGCCUCGAGGAUGAAUUGGAUAAAUGGUGCUGCCACUGCCGCUACUUGACUUCACAACUGGAGCAAGCAAAUGGAGUACUGGUCUCACUCAACCAAAGGUUGCAGCUUCAGGAUUGGCAGCACCAAACGGAGAUUGCUGAAAAAGAUUCGAUCAUUGCAAAUCUGCAGCGAGAACUGGAGUGGAAGUGCACUGCUUUGUCUGAGCUAGAAGCUGGAACACGACGGCGAUCACUUGUCUUACGGCUUCCACAGGGAGGGCCCCCUGGACCUUCAGCACAGAGUACAAAGUCGUCAAAUCCUGUCGAUCAUGGCGGUCGUGAAGCUAACCCAAUACGUGCACAAAAAAGGCUGCCUCUGAACAAGUCGAGUUCAACUCCUUUACAACGCUCAAUGUCAAGUGGUGAGUCCAGGCUCCCCGAAAUCAGCCAAUCUGAACAAAGUCGCCCACGUCAGGGAGAAAGGAGACUCCCUCAAACCUGCGUCGUAUCUAGGCCGGCCACCAGCGGACAGACAUUGCCAAAGAACGUGUCCUCGGCGGCAAAGUGUGCGCCAAAUGCAACUGCCCACCAGAACUCGCCCCGAGGCACAACGGUGCGGUUAGGGGGACACCUUCCUCCGCUCGCCGACGGUGGACGCACCUCGCCUUUUCCAACACGUUCUCUAGUUCGCCAACAGCUGAGAGUUCACUGUGAUGCCGGCGUGGAUAUUGACACUCACCUUUCUAUCGAUCGAAUCCCCUCACCGGAGCUUCGACCGAGGAAGGUCACCGCAACCGUGCUGGAGGUGUCAAGUAAAUGAUGGGGUGUAGGUGUACAGCUGGAUAGUUUGUACACCACGUUUCGUGAUAGGCAUUACAUAGAUCGUCUCUGUUUAGCCCAAUCGUGUGCACCACAAUGCAUUCACUGUCAGGUUUAGCUUUUAACAUAUUUUUUUUUUUUUUCCGCUGAGGACAGCACCACAGAGUACCACAUUCUUCCAAUUGCAGUUCUUUUUCAUCCACAUCUGCCUCUUCACCUCUCCUGUGAACACAUGAUGCUGAAAUCUUGAUGUGUGAAAAAUCUUUGGCUGAGCUGAGCAGGUUCCGUAGGUUUUUAUGUUAGAUGCCUUUCCACAAAGCUUGGAAUGGCCUGCUCUAUAUGGUACUCAGUAUAUCUGGAGCGUGAGAUCAGAAUUGUACACGUUACCGAAAACAAGGAAGUACUAAAUACCGUUACUUGUUACCUCGGAAAAAAGGUACUAAGUACGUUACUCAUUACUGAGAAGCGAAAAGGAACACGUUCUCAUUACUCGUUAGUAGCCAGUUACUUUUCCAUUAAUACAUUUAUUUCCGUCAAACAUUUAUUUUCGUCGUGUAACUCGAGUUAAGGCGUAAAGCUGUGUGUCAUCCCAGUCAGGUUCAUGGCCGUGACAGGCUCAUAGAAUGUGCUCAUAACAUCAUAAUACCGCCUUUGCAAUGUCUGGAAGGGGGGGGAAGUAACCAGUAAGUUGCAGUAACGAGUUACUCAUUUUUGUAAUGAAAUCUAUUGACGGUUCCAAAUUUUAGAAAAGUAAUGAAGCUGUUACUUUGUUCCUAAAAAAGUGACUCGUUAUUCAGUAACAAGUUACCUGUAACGAGUUAAGUGCAAGUCUGCCUGAGGUACAGGGUGUCAUGCAUUCACAGUUUAGAACCACAAUACUGUAAACUCUACAGUCACGUCUGACAAAAAGAUAUAUCCUUUGUACGUAUAAUACAAUUGGAAGUUGUCAGAUGUGGGGAACAAAGUUGCCGUGUGUUAAUUUUUUGGCAUUAGGAAACUGGCGCUAGUAAGACAUGCUAUGAAUUGCGUUUUCUGGUUCAAACAAUGAGAAACAAUGCAGCACAAAGCUUUUUCAUUGCAUCACUUCUAAUCUGUGUUCUCUCAUCCUCCACGGCUUAGAUUCUCAGUACGUUGUCAGGUCACUGUGCUGUUUUGUGCGAACUGUGGUGUGCAGUAUAAUGGUUGUGUUCACGGUUGAGUCCAAUGAAUGUGUUCACAGCACAGACAACACUUACGUUUGACCAAUCGACACUCAUUGCCAUUGGUCAUGAACAAUGUACCGAGCACUCUGCACUGACAGUCAAGUAUAGAUACGGUGAACAGGUAAUAUGGUGUUAUCAGUGGAAUAAGAUCCAUUCAAAGGUGUAUCUGUGGAAUAUUGAGCAUGCGAAUGGUGCUCCCCGUUGAAGGCGUUGUUGCUUUUUCGUCUUGGAAAAGCAACAACAACAACAACGGAGUGCGAGGCGCUUCUUGCUCAUUGGUCAGCUGCAUGGAACAAGCAAGAAGUUCAGUCUGGACCAUCUCUUCUGUAGCGGGAGGGUUUUGGUUGACCAUACUAGCGUUGUACUUUAGUUUCGAAAAAACUCAAUUUGGACCUCAGUUGUGUUAGGCACAAUUUUUGGCAGUCCUACUUUUAUUUAUCCUACCUCAGAGAUCAAUUUUAUGAGACUCACAUUAUUACAAUAACUCAUGCAAACAUUCACACAUGUCAUCAUGUUCCAUUCAUAUCUGUAGGCAUAUUUUAGUUAUGCAUAAGAUGGCAUAUCACAUUUAUAUUGAGGCAUGCCUCGAGAUAAAGGUUUCAGUUAUACAGAUUUGUAUACUGCACCCAUGGGGUUGCUUUUGGUGGGGUGAGUUGAAAUGCACAUAAGUGUGAGCGAAGGUGUUAAAACUUCCAUGAUUGCAGUGAGGAAUGUUUUGUUCUCUGGUGACCCUUCAAUAUCCCUAAUUCCCAGCACUGGCCGUGGUGUUCUUGUACACUUAAGAAUAUGGAACACAGGAGUCGAACUGAACAGAGGUACAGGGAUUGUUAAUCUCUGGCAUUCUAUUUUAUUUAUUUAUUUUAUUUAAGAGGUGCCCUUCAAUGGAGCUACACUCUAUACACUAUAUUCUGCUACACAUGUGGGGGAAAGGUUUCAGCUUGGUCUAGGAGUGAUCUGGGCCAUAUUUCUUCUACUACAGAUCUUGUGAAGAGGCAGCAAAUUUUGUUGUUGGUAGUUUUGCCAUUGAGUAUACAUGGAAUAUAAUAGACUAAAGAGCAAAGCCCAGUCAUGAAAAAAAAAAAAAUUGUAAAAGAAUCAUGUUAAAACUGGUUUUGUUAAAAUUUGUUUUGUUUUUAAGGUAACAGUUUUUCAUGUUUAAAAUGAAGAUUUAAAGUAAGGUACAACACAUGUUUAACACAGACAUACAUACAUACACGAAUAUAGCAUCAAAAAGAAACAUUUUGCUCUGACUAGCCAGUUUUUUAUUAAAGAUAGUUUGUCCUUGGAUAUUUUAAUAAUUUAAUAAGUAAUAUUUUAAUAUGUACCUGAAGUUGGUGAAGUGCUGCUCUGAAAUUGGCAAAAAUUUGCAAAUUUUUGUGUAGGACAAAUGGUGGCAGAUGGUGGCACGAUGUUAAGUUCGUCGUUUCACUCUAAAAAUUUCUCUCAGGCUGCUGACGUCAAAUGCACAGGAUCAAUCUAAAAUUUGCAUAUCAUGUGUCUAUCUGGCCCAUCAGAAGUUUUUAGAAAAGUCUGGGGUGGUGACAGCUGGUUGAAUAUGGCUGAAAGAAGCUUGAUCUUACAUUACACCAGUUCCAGCUGAAAUGCUGAAACAAAGAGGAAUGUCUAGUAUGUAACAACUGUUUGUUACUAUAUGUACACUCUAUGAGGAAAUGUUUUAUACUGUUCAUGUAGAUCUGACUAGUCAUUAGUUAAUACUCAUUAUACAGCUCCCUUGCAUUUCGAAACCUUUGUUGCUGUCUAUGGAACCUGGUGGCAGUGCACUGCUCGGUCAGAAGGAGAGCGUGUUGUGCUCAUAGUUAAAAAGAUAAAAACCCCAGUGCAGGGAAAGACGACGACGAAACACAAAAAAGAUGAGGGCACAGCACUGACACAUCACUACCUGCUCUGAGUUAUUGCACACUGAAAAUCUGGCUCUGUGAGAGAGGCGCCUUCACUCUUUCCUUCAGUCCUCACUAAUUCGCGCGCCUCUUUGUUGAAAAGUGCCAGGCGUACCUGUUGCCAUGGUAACUGGCUGCUUCUCUGCAGGAAAAUCCACCGUCUGUCAUCGCGCUCUGUCUACCGGGAUUUCGAAGGCACAUUCUUUUUGUACAUGUUUCAAAAAUAGCGUGCUCCGGAGACAAGUAUAGCUUUGUGUAUUGAAUAUGUAAACUACAAUAUUAAAACAGCAUUAAACGCA